AUGCAAUAUGAGGUAGAGUUCAUGGUUCUCACGAAAUAUGCUCCCAAAUUGGUUAGUACCCUUGAGGAGAAGUGCUAUAAUUUUCUGAGAGUCUUGAGAGAAUGUAUAUGGCACUCGUUAGUGCCAUUUGAUAUUCAUGACUUUUUUGAACUUGUGGAGAGAGCACGUUUGGUGGAGAACAACUUGAUGUCCACCCAAAAUGUAACAUCAGGUUUGCUCAUAUCGUCCGGGCCGAUCUGGGAUCGUCCCGGGACGAUCAGUUCAGAUGUUGUUCCAGAUUUUGUACAGAAGUUCCAGGAAAAUUUUCCUGCAUCCUUCUCUGUAUUCGAGUCCCACCUUCACAGAUCAAGCAAGAUGGCAAAUGCUUACUCACCGCCAUCAGCAGCCGCCGGUGAAAUAACCGGCAGCCACUCAGUCGAAAUAAACGAAAAUUUGAAUAAAACCACCGAAGUUAACUCCAUCGACGACGUUUUGGAGCGCUACAUGUCCGCCAGCACCCCCAACCUUCUCUUCCCCUUCCUCGCCUCCCUCACCUGGAUCUUUGAUUCCCAGCAAAACUUUGUCAAUGUCUUCUCCGAUAACCCACCGCCAUGGCAUUGCACCUCCUACACUUGCGAUUUCACCACACCAUGUAACCUCCCAUCGAACACCUCCUGGUCCUUCUCCAAACCCCGCAAAAUCUCCAUCAUUUCUGACUUCUCCCUUGAGUGCUCCUCCCCUGUUCUCCACGCCCUCCCCGCUUCUUCCUUCUAUGCCGGAUGUCUCGUUGGCGGCAUCUCCCUCGCCACCCUCGCCGACUCCCGCCUCGGCCGCAAAAACAGCCUCGUCUUCUCCUCCUUCAUCAUGUCUCUCACCGCCGUCCUAACUGCCUUCUCUCCCAACCUCGCCGUCUACGCUCUCCUCCGCUUUGCCUGUGGCUUCGCUCGCGCCAACGUCGGCACCUCCGCUUUCGUCCUUUCCUCUGAACUCGUCUCCCGUCGCCACCGCAACCGCGUCAGCAUCCUCACCUUCAUCUUCUCCACUACAGGCUUCCUCAGCCUUCCCGCAAUUGCCUUCUUAAAUAGAGCAUACUCCUGGAGAGUACUCUAUCUCUACACCUCAAUCCCCUCGCUCUUUUACAGCAUUUUUCUCCAUUUCUUCAUGACGGAAUCCCCUCGUUGGCUUCUUUUGAAAGACAAGAAAAAAGAAGCCAUUGAAACACUAAAAAAGCUCUUACCUUUAAUUGAAACAGUGAGCUUCUCAGACUUGGCGGUGACACGCUCCGAUAAAACAGAGUCAAGCGAUCUGUUCUCGGCGGCGAGGAUGUUGUGGGAGAAGCGGUGGGCGUUGCGUCGGCUGGGAUCAAUUAUAAUAGUGAGCUUCGGCGUCGGAAUGAUGUACUAUGGAAUGCCCUUUAAUCUCGGCAGUCUCGACGCCAACUUAUAUAUAAGCGUGGCGCUGAACGCAGCGGCGGAGCUUCUAUCGGCGUUCAUUGUCUUCUUUCUCGCCAGUGCGGUGAGCCGACGAAGAUCUAUGGUGGUGUUAAUGGUUGUGAGUGGCGGUUGCAGCCUUGCUUGUACGGCAAUAGGCGGAUGGUUGGCGGUAGUGGUGGAAUUAGUUGCGUUCUUCGGGGUUUAUACGUCGUUAAGCUUGGUGAUGAUUUAUAAUGUGGAAUUGUUUCCAACGUGUGUGAGGAACUCUGCACUAGCGGUGUUGAGGACGGCGGUGGUGCUCGGCGGGGUGGCAGCACCAGCAUUGGUGGCGGCGGGGAGGAGGAGAAAGCUUUUUUCUUUUGGGGUGUUUGGGAUAGUUAUCAUUUUCUGUGGGUUGUUUAUUGUGUUUUUACCAGAAACGAGGGGGCGUGCGCUAAGCGACACAAUGGAGGAGGAGGAGCAUAAGAUGAUCCAUGGCAGAAAUAUCAUCUCCUCUUCAUAA